GCGGCUCUGCGCCGUUUGCGUAGCGUGCCCCAAGAUGGCGUCGCGGUCGUCGUCGGAGGCGACGGCGGUGGCCGGAGCGUUGGCGGCGGCGGGGCGGCUGGGAGCGACGGGAGGGAUGAGGCGGCCGAAAGGCGGCAGCGAGUAGCGGCCGGCUCCCGGCCCGCGGGAGAAGGAGGCAGCCAGAGCGAGAGACUUCGCGGGGAGGCGGGUCCCUGUCCGUACUCCCCCCCCCCCCCUCACCCCCCCCCCCACCCCGGCCUUCCCCGCCCGCCCCUCACGGGAGCCCCGGCGGCUCCUUCCCGGCCCCUUCAGGCCUCGCCGCGCCCCCGGCCGCCCCCCUCCAGCCCCCGGAGCGGAGGAUGAUGAAGCUCAAGUCCAACCAGACGCGCACCUACGACGGGGACGGCUACAAGAAGCGGGCGGCCUGCCUGUGCUUCCGCAGCGAGAGCGAGGAGGAGGUGCUGCUGGUGAGCAGCAGUCGUCAUCCGGAUCGAUGGAUUGUCCCUGGGGGCGGCAUGGAGCCCGAGGAGGAGCCCAACGUGGCCGCGGUGCGAGAGGUCUGUGAAGAGGCUGGAGUGAAAGGGACGUUAGGAAGAUUAGUGGGAAUUUUUGAGAAUCGGGACAGGAAACACAGGACAUAUGUUUACGUACUUAUUGUCACAGAAGUAUUGGAAGACUGGGAGGACUCUGUCAAUAUUGGAAGGAAAAGGGAAUGGUUUAAGAUAGAAGAUGCCAUAAAAGUUCUGCAGUAUCAUAAACCGGUGCAGGCCUCGUAUUUUGAAACCUUGAGGCAAGGUUGUUUGGCAAACAACGGCACUCCAGUCAUGACCACGACGUACUCUGAGAGCUCCGUGUCUGACAUCAGAUGACUGAAGACGUCUCUAGGAGAGAAAUUUUGAAAACCAGACUGAAACGUGGAUUUCCCUCCCCCCUCCCCUUUUUCACUUGCCUCCUCUAUCAAACAAGGCAUGGGCAGCAGUCUGUGGCAGAGCAAGUGUUAAGAGUGCUGCAAUUUAGUGCAAGGUGGGAUUUUUUUUUUGUUGGCUUUUUUUGCUUUUUGGAUAUGUAUUUUGUAAAAUACAUUUUGUGCAUGAAGUGCCCCUUUCCCGUUACACCGCUUCCAUGGCCUGGUGAGCGAGGCUGCCAAUUUUGCCUCUGCCUUGUGUGCUGAAGUGUCCCGUUUGUGUCAUCCCAGCCAUAGCCACUUUUUUUUUUUUUUAAUUAAAAGACUUCAAAUGUGAGAUCAGCUCUUUAAGUCUUAGUCUGUACUGUAAGGUGCUGUUCAGACCUGCGUGGUGGUCACUUUCAGCGCAUAUGUAUAAACUUUUUUUUAGGUGGAGAAUCUAACGUUUUAAUUUUGCGGGAAUUUUUUUAAUCCUGGUCUGCUUCUGAAAAGAAAGGUUCAUAAUUAAUCUGUUUGCCUUUUGGUCUGUUUUUGUUUUUUUUUUUUUUUUAAAUACACGUUCUGUGACAGUGCUAUUGGCUGGGCCAGUUUACUCCUCAUUCAGUAUCCCCCGAUUUAGUGCAGUGACACUUGAUGUUGAGGGCAGAGUUUUGAUCACCUGCAGACAUCCCUGCUGCUCAGUUGCUUCUCCUACAGCUUCCGCCAAUGUUUCUGCUUUUUACAUCAGAAUGAAACAAAAGGAGUUGGUCUUUUAACACUCAGCCAAAAAUACGUAGCCUCAGAAACGCUGCGACAGAAAAUGAAUUUAAUUGUCUGUGGUGGGAAUCGGGGAUUCAGAGCGGGCUCAAAGUCUGACAAACUGGAGCGUCGAUCACCAAUGCUGUUCUGCUGAUCCUGCUGCGUUCUGCUGAUGUCUCUUCUUGUCCACAUGCCUUAUACCGUGCUGAACUGGAUAUUGUAACUUGUGCUAAAGCAUCGGAUUGUACUCACUGAGUGUUACUGCACGAACCCUUGGCUGGAUAACCAUGUGUAUUCCUGAAAAAGGAGUCCUGGGGGG